GGCCAGAGCGGGUCAACCAUCAUGUGCUGCAAGGAGGACUGCGAGAGAUGGUUCCACCUGCCCUGUGCCAAGGAGGGCGGCUGUGUCAAUCAGUACAUCACUCCAUACAGCUCCUAUUGCCCUGAGCACCGUCCAGUGCAGGAGGUGCGGGCGACUCCAGAGCCGGGCACCGAUUGCCCCAUCUGCAUGGAGCCUGUGGAGGAUAGGAAGACCUUCGAUACCAUGGUGUGCCCAAAGUGCAAAAGAGCCUGGUUCCACAGGGACUGCAUCCAGGGACAGGCCAUGUGCGCUGGUCUUUUAUACUUCUGCUGUCCCCUGUGCAGAGACAGUGAGGACUUCUCUGUUGAAAUGUUCAUCAUGGGGAUCCGAAUCCCCUUCAGACAUCCAACGUGGGAGGAGAACAAUGCCUUUGCUUAUCUUGGAGAGAGACACAGCAUGUGCAAUGCCAGGGAAUGCCUUUACCCUGGAGGCAGGGAGGAGGCAGAGCAACAGGGGCCCUGGCAAUUGCUCCUGUGCUCCUCCUGUGCUGCUGAGGGCACCCACAGGCGCUGCUCUGGCCUGAGAAACAAGACAUACAGAUGGGAGUGUGACAGCUGUGCUGGUCUUGGAACGUCCUCCAGGGAUGAGCCAGAGCUCAGUAGCCCCAGCCUGGCCAGACAGUCAGGACAGGAAUCUGCUCAUGGCUCCUCAGAAUCCCAGGACAUCAGGCCAAGCUCCGGUACGCCGGUGCCAUCGGGGCUGGCUCCCCCGUCUCCAUCUCCAGAGACCAGCAGCCAAAACAGCCAGCAACAGCCAGCAUCACAGCAGUCACUGCCAUCUUCCUUGCUGGACACCAGCAGCCCCAGCAGAUCAAGGCCAACAUACAGCAGCUCCCCAGACCCUGAGGAUGGGCUCCAUUCCAGACGUGCUGGGACUGACCGCAGGCGAAACAGCUCUGGCCCGCAAGCGCCGGGCCUCGGAUCCACCUGUGCAGUCCAGGAGUGGCCAGGACAGCAGCAGGAGGACAGCAGCGCGUGCUGA